UUUCCAGGCCCCGUGUCUUUCAUAGCAAAUUUGUAUAAUCUGACGACCCGAUGCGGCCCGAUGGUGGCAUCGCGUUGUUGUGUUUCGUGGCGCGAUCGGUUCGAUCGCUUCGUGGCGCGGCCUAUCCGAUCCGAUUCCGAGCUCAUGCCCAUGCGGCCCGAGUGGUACACGUUCCGACCCGAGCGGGCUUAUCGAUUCGAUACCGGCCCUUCUUCCAGGCGCUGCGGCCCGCUGUCUGUGCGGCAACCGCGGCAGGAGUCCCUUGCAGACCGCCUCGGGUCUCACCUCGUGGCCCGGCGCCUGGUGCGCCGCGGUGCCAGUCGCUGCUGCCAGCGGUCGCCGCAAGAAGCGGUGGACGCGGAGAACUUCCCAGACGCGUUUGCCGGAGAAGGUUCUUUUGUUGGAGAAGUUACAGAGGCUCAGCGUGCAGAUACACUAUGAGGUGCACGCAGACGUGGUCCGUGCUUGUCGAUGGCAAUGGGCCGCGGCGCUGCUGGCGCUGGCCUCCAUGAAGAGGCAGCGCCACGCCCCCAGCCCUGAGUUGCACAGCAGCGUCAUGAUGGCCUGCUCCCUGGGCACCCAGUGGCCCAUGGCCUUGGAUCUGUUCGACUGUCUGCGGCAUCGCGGAACCCCGCUCGAAUUGUCGCACUGGACUCGCGAUGUGGUUCGAGACCUGUUCAGCUCUGCGCUGCACGCGUGCCUCAUCGGUCAGCAGUGGCAGCGAGCCGUGUACCUGCACACGUCUUUUUGCCGACGUGGCCUCAAGCCGACUGCGCGCAUGUUCACGCACUGCAUCGGUGCCUGUGUCACGGCAGGACAGUGGCAGAUUGCGUUGCGACUGUUGCAAGGAAUGUGGUCGGCGGCAUUGGCUCCGAAUGGGUACACAUACGCUAAGGUCGUGACCGCCUUGCGUCUGGGAAAGCAGGUGCCGUUGGCGAUUGACUUCUUUGACAGUGCGGUCCUAGUAGGAGCGGCCAAUCUUCCUACGUAUGCUGCAGGUUUGGCGGCUCAUGCUGAGAUGGAAAAUUGGGAAGAAGUGCUGGUGUUGCUCAGACAGAUGCGCUUGAAACAUAUGCACCAGGCUGGCGCGACCUACAGGGCUUGCAUCGACGCUUGCUUGAGGCCUGAACUUUGGCAGACAGCGCUGUCGCUGCUCUCCGAGAUGCAAAGCGUGGACCUCGAUCCACAUGUAGGCGCGUUGCCAAAGGAGGUCUUCGCGUUCUCUUCCAGUCCUUCGGGAUGGCUCCAGGCCAUCUCUCUCUUUCAGGAGCUGGUAUGCCGCGAGCUCGGGCGGGAGAGCCCCGACUUCCCGGCUGCGCUCAAGGCCUGCGCCAACGGAGGCCACUGGCAAGCUGCCGUGCACGUCUUGCAGAGCAUGGACGAGGCCCUCGUUCCGCUGGACGCCACCACGGCCGUGGACGCGGCCGCGGCCUGCAGUCAGCACUGGCGGCUGGUUGUGGACAUCGUCGACAGGGCGAAGGAGCAUGACGACUCGCUGUUCGGGAGCGCCCGGCUUCUGACCCUGGGCCUGCAGGCCUGCGGGGAGGCUGGGCGCUGGCAGGGCGCCCUCCAGAUGCUCCGCGAGGCGCAGGCCAACCCUGGCAUGGAGCUUCAGGCCGUCCACUACCACGCCGCGAGCUAUGCCGCGAGAGGCUGCCUGACGUGGGAGCAGGCCCUGCGGCUGACGAUGGAGACGCUGCCUCUGCACCGCCGCCGCCUGGAGGAUGGCAUUCUCGAAGAUCAGGACCUCCCGCCGGUCGCCUCUCUCUCCAUCACCCUCGCGGACGACUACAGGCGGGCCCUGGCGCUGUGCCGGCGCGGCCGCCUCUGGCGCGGAGCCCUCGACCUGCUGGAAGGCAUCGGGCACGACGGGCUGCAGCGCGGCGACUACGUCCUGCUCCCGUUCCGCGCGCAGCGGCAGGGUCGCUGGGACCAGGUGCUCGCCAUAAUGGAGCAGCUGCAGCCUCGGCGCGAGGCCGCCGGCGAGAGCACGGCGGCCGAGAGGCGGGCGCUCGCGAGGCGCGUCAGCGCGGCCGCCUUCGCCUGCCUCCACCGCGGCGCGCCGGAGGAGGGGCUGCGGUUGCUCGACGGCCUGCCGCAGGACUGCGCCGAGGACCCCAAGCACGCUGCCAGGACGCUGGCCUGGGAGGUGUCCGCGGCGCGCGCGUGCGAGGAGGCCGCCGCGCCAGAGCUGGCGGUGAAGCUGCUGGCGAAGCUCCUGCGGCGCCUCUUUGCGCAGCCCAGGGCCCGCCUCCUCAGCUGCUCGACGGCGGUGCUGGCGAUGGACGUACUGGAGCAGCACGCCGCCCUGGACGCGCGAGCGGCGCGCGCCUUCGGCGCGGCGGUGAGCGCGCCGCUGCUGCCGCUGCUCCGGAGGUGGAGCUCGGAGGCGGCCCUGCAGCGGCCGUCCCUCCCCGGGCGCUUCGCGCGGGAGGCCCUCGAGGCCCUCGGCGUGGAGCCAGGAGGGGAGGGCUGGGCCGCGGCAGCCGCGCACAACGAGCGGAGGGCGCGCUUCAUGCAGCACGCGCCGGCAUACGGGAAUCCGCCGGAGGCGGAGGUCGUUGCCUGGGUCGCCUUCGCGGUGGCGGAGCGCGGUGCGGUGCACGAGAGUGCCGGCUGCCCCGUCGGGCGUGCACACCCGGCGCUGCUGUCGAGAAUGCAGGCCCGGCUGCCCAGCGCAACGCCCCGCGCCCGGGACCACGCAGAGAGGGGUGCGCUGGUGGUGCUGCUGCACAGGCUCCGGGACUUCGAGGCCGCCAGGGGCGGCCUCCAGUUGUACGUCGGGCGCCGGCCGUGCGUGUCUUGCCUGGUAGUGGCCUGCCGCGCGAGGCACCUGCUGCCAGGGGUGCGAUUGAGGCUCAGCUUCGGCGAUUGGCACGAGUCGCGGCGCUGGACGGGCAUAGAUAGCAGCGGCGUUGGGCAUCGGCAUCGUCAUCGACACCGCCACCAUCGUAGGGACUGACUUGCUUAAGCGUGUAUCGAAGCCCUUUGCCUCACUUCGUGCUAAUGGUGCUGCUGUGGCCCUCGUUCAUCGUGGCACUCGUCACCGUGGUCAUCACUCGUGUGCGGCAGGAGAGCACGCAGGCACUGCGUAUGGAUGGAAGCUGGCCAUCGUUGCUGCGCUUGCUUCGAUCC